AAGAGAUUCUUUUAAAAAUAGAAGCACUUCUUCUUCAGAGAGCAUUUCUUAGUAUUCACUUAACUGUUAUGAUACUCAAAAUUUUGUGAAUUUCGAUAUUUUCCCCAACACUUCGUUUAAAAACAAGGUAGGAUAUGGCUCAUGUGUUGCUGCCAUGUGAUCUUCCCUUUUGGCCAGACAUCUUACUAUCUCUUUUUCAAGUGAAAACAUGUAAAGACACGAGGCAAUUCGUUCAACUCAUGACGCAUAUUCAUCACAUCGCAUGUGUUUCUCUAGAUCCGGAAGAAGAGGAUGUUCCCCAACCAAAAUUAUUCCAAGAAUUGGAACGUUUUUUUAAAGAUGAAUUCUCAGAAGAUGAGAGGUGUCACUUCAUGCAUCAAACAUUGCCUGUCAUGGCAUCUUCAGCAUCCAGACUACCCUACUUGAGACCACAAGAUGGAUUUUUUUACAGUCUCUGCCAGGAAGAUGGAGAAUUUCACUUGGAUCGAGAAAUGGUGGCGUCCUUAUUGGCUAAUGCUUUCUUCUCGACAUUUCCAAGAAGGAAUUCCAAGACACACCCCACCUUACAAGACUUCAAUUUUGUUCACUUCUUCCCUCAUCUUCACAAGCAAAACCACCGGCAGAAAUUGAAGGCAUUCUUCCGAUAUUUUGAUAAGUUGAACGACAAAAGAGGAGGCCACAUCUCUGUCAGAAGAAAGAUAGGGACUGGCCCAUCCCUGACUAACUGGUUAUGCUGCAAUCAGUCUCUGGCACCAUUUUCUGUUCGUAAGAACAACGAUCAGAUUCAAGACCUUCAGGUAUGCAGAACAUCUUCUAUGAUUGGAGGCGAUGUCAUAAAAACAUCGACUUCAGAGGAGUCGGAGCUUUUCUUCAAAUUUCCUGAAUUGAUAGUCAUACUCUGUUUUGUGGAAAGCUUAUCGGAGUCUGAAGUUCUUAUUGUUAAAGGUAUUGCUCAGGAUAAUUUGGAGACACCUGACCUCAGCUUCUGCUUUACAGACUUUGUGCCCAUUCAUCGGUUAGAGGAACAAGUUUUGCUCAAGGAAUUAAACAAGGCCACUGCAGCCUUCAGCGAUGACCUCGAUUUCUUCUCCGGAACCUCGAGAAGAUCAUCCCAAGAGCUUUCCAGAAGCUUCUCCCGCUCUGAGAGAUCUUCUUCGUCCGUAAAUCUUUCCAAAAGAUCUUCUCAGGAUGUUUCAGGAAGUGUGUCCAGUAAGAGACUGUCGCAGGAGGGUAGCAGAAGGUCUUCCCAAGACUCGAUGGGGAAUCUUUCCAGGCGGUCUUCCCACGAAUCUUUUUCGAAUUCCAGUAGAAGGCACGAUGUUUCGAGAAGAUCUUCUCACCAGGAAGUUCCAGCGAGUUGUAGUCAUGCUGAAAUCUACCAUCCUGCAUCGAAAGAGGAAGAUAAGUCUAAAAUACAUUUAAGGAAGCGAUCACUGGAAACAAAAAAGUGGUCCAGUAGUAAAAGUAGCAGUCAAAGCUCGGGACGAUCCAUGAAAACUGCCCUCCGGGAUGAUGAGUCCUACUACACUGCUGAUGAUGACAGCGAAGACGCAGGCUGCUGCAGUUAUCGUUCCUCUGAAGAUUCAGUUGGAUUCGUGUUAGGAGAACACGAGAGACUGGAUGACUUUAGAAAGAGAAUCCGGAAGCGAACCAGGAGACUGCGGAAGCGAAGCAGUUACAUGAGUUCGAGCAGUGAUAUGGAGGACAUAUCUGAAGCAGAAGAGGAAGUUCGAUACAUGAGAGUGGCCACAUCAGAACCCUCACUGGUCUCGCAAAUCAGCGAGGAGAAGACUCCAUUGUUGUGUCAAGAGGCCGAAGUGAUGAUUCUGAGAGGACGUAAGAAGAUUAUGAUGACCUCAAGCAAUGGCCGUCUUAAAGCUUACUCUUAUGAUGGUGUAAAUCCUAAUCUUCCUGUUCCCUUCAAGGCUAAGUUCCGUCGGAGAACAAAUGAACCCCUCGAAUCUCUGGUAGAUAGAAAUAAAGUGGUUGUUAAUGAUGGAAUGGGCUGCCUAAGGGUGAUGAUUCUGUGGUUGGCAGCUAGUGUGUCCGAAACAGAAAUUUCCGUCGUCUGUUCAUCAGAAGAAGCAGUGUUUCAGACUACCAAAAUUUGUUCGAGGAUAGUGAAUAGGAAAUGGACUAUUGGGGAUUUGUGCAGUGAGAUAGUUCAACUUUGUCGUUCUUCAAGUGAUGGUAUCUACAAGGAAAACAUAUUUCUAGAAGAGCUUUUAAGAGACUAAUUAAGUGUUAAGCAUACAAAACAAUUACAUUUUGCCUCAGACUCAAUGCUGAUAUCACGUGACGAGUGACGUGAGGGUGAAGUUAUGUCAAUUGUCAUAUCACACAUUUUAGUCAAGAUAAAAACAUUUAAAACCAUCAGAUUAUAUAUAUAUACAGGGUGCGUAGCCAAAUUAUUCAACGAAAAAUAAGCACCUUUUAAGGACUUUUCAAGCACUCAAAAAA